UGACAGUCGAUUCGAACCACCCACUUUUGCCGAGCAGUUACUUGAAGGUGCUAGAAAAUGAUGAAAUAUAGAGAAACACUCUCUGCUGACGUUUGACUCAGAUGUAUAAAGGCACACGGAAAGCCACCUGAUAGCGCUGAAUCAUUUAAAGCGAUGUUCUUGUGGAGCUAAACAGACUUGUAGACCUCUUUGCUUAAAACUACAAACUUAGUUCGCAUUAGCAUUAGCAUCAUAUUAGGAAGAGGUGUGCCAGCUUCCCGACCACAGACACCACUGACACUGCGUUCAGCAUGCGGCCCCGACAGAGGGGGUCCCACAUGGGCCUGAUGCUGCUGGCCUCCCAGCUAUUCCAGGUGGGACUGGACAACAUCCCCCCCGUCACGCUGGCUGUGCUGGGACUCAACGUGUAUCUGUUCCUGUUCCCUGCAGCGCCUCUCAUGCAGGCGUGUGUGAGUGUGCAGCAGGCCUACUGGCGGGGGGGCUGGCGCCGCCUGCUGCUGUCCCCGCUGCACCAUGUGGAUGACUGGCACCUCUACUUCAACAUGGCUUCCUUCCUCUGGAAAGGGACCAACCUGGAGCGGCGGCUGGGGGGCCCCUGGUUCCUCUACCUGCUGUGCGUCUUCUCUCUUCUCACCGGGGGGGUGUACCUGCUGCUGGAGGCCGCGCUGACAGAGCUGACCCAGGACCAGUCCUACAGCAUGGCCUGCGCCGUGGGCUUCUCAGGUGUCCUGUUUGCUCUGAAGGUGCUCAGUAACCACUACCACCCUGGAGAUGUGACCCGUGUGAUGGGCUUCCCGGUGUCUAACCGCUACGUGAGCUGGGUGGAGCUGGUGCUGAUCCACAUGAUGUCACCUGGGACCUCUCUGAUUGGUCACCUGGCUGGGAUCCUGGUGGGUCUGCUCUACACGUUAGGACCCCUGAAGGCCGUCAUGAAGAAAUGUGCAGGCUUUGUUACAUCGAGCGGAUAUAACUCCCGACCCAGUGCAUACUACAACUCUUCAGGCUCUACAGGCUACAGGAGCACUGGUGGAGGAUACUCAGGAUACCGUCAGAACAAUCCUCCAGACUACACCCCCCCCCACACAGCUUCUUAUAGCAGCGGACUGACAGAGGAGGAGCAGCUAGAGGCGGCCAUCAGAAACAGUCUGAAUGACAGGGGACAAAGCAGCCAGAGAGGAGCUCCUCCUCCCUACGGUCUCCACCUCUCUGAUGAGGCCAGAGCGGAGGAGAUCAGGUUGAGGAGACUGAGGAGGUUUGACAGCUGAGCUGUCGGCAGCGAAGAGGAAGAAGGAAGUGAAGGUGACAAGAGAAGAGGAGGAGUUCCCCCUGAAGCUCCAGACUUCACAGGAUGAAGGUCCAUGCACACAGACUGACCCCUUCAUCAGCUCGGUGACAGAGUGCUGCUCUGACCCGAGCUACGCUAAGCUACUUUAAUGUGAAUAUGCUUAUGAGCAGGUAAGGGUGAGAUUGUCUGGUGAUGAGGACUCCAAUGGGGAAUUAAUAGGACAUAUCAAAUGCCUUGAAGCUUUUUUGAUGUUGUAUUUUGUACAUUAUUUUGUAUGUAUGAAACAUAUACAGAUAAAAGCAACUACAGUAU